CACAUUUAUUCAUCAUCGCAAGGAUGUCAGACGCCAAGCAAAUCAUGGCACAGAAAAGUGCUAAAAUUGCAGCUGGAGCUGUUGUGUGUGUUGAAAGCGAAAUAAGAGGAGACGUAACCAUAGGUGCUAGGACAGUUGUCCACCCCAAAGCACGGAUCAUAGCAGAGGCGGGGCCAAUUAUCAUUGGAGAGGGUAAUCUGAUAGAGGAGCAGGCACUCAUUAUUAACAGUUAUCCGGAGAAUAUCAUGCCAGACACAGAGGGAGUGGAGCCCAAAACCAUGACAAUUGGGACCAAUAAUGUGUUUGAAGUUGGAUGUGUCUCACAAGCUUUGAAAAUUGGGGACAACAAUGUGAUUGAGUCUAAAUCUGAUCUUGGCAGAAACGUGAUCCUGACCAGUGGAUGCAUCAUCGGUGCGUGCUGCCAGGUCAACACGUGUGAGGUCGUGCCGGAGAACACGGUUGUGUACGGUUCAAACUGCAUCCGCCGUGUGCAGAGUGAAAAGCCACAGUCUCAGACUCUGCAGCUCGACUUCCUCAUGAAGAUUCUGCCCAACUAUCACCACAUGAAGAAGACGGCCAAAGGAAACAGCACACCUGUGAGAAACUAAGAGCAAGCUGGAUCCAGAGGGAUUGUAGCCUACUUCCUGCAACCUCCAGAGCAUCUGACGCCACGCGCUCACUCAAUUCCCUCAACUUGCACGUGUCUUUCACGUUAGUGUGGUUCUUUAAUUACUAGGAGAAUACCUCUGCCACUGAAAAUGACCAUCACACUUUCUACACUGCUUUCUGCAUAUUAAGAAUGCCAUCAUUCUUCAACACAUUCUUCCCAUCCAUAUUAGGACUAUUUAUGAUGUAUUUUUGACCUGAAAUCGUAAAUCUCCUGUGCCAUUUUUAUGUUAAUCAAUCCCACUAAUAUAUAUGUAUAUAUUUAUAAUUGUUCAAAUAAAAAUACAACAAUAUUGCAAUAAAAACGAUUGAAGAUUGCAUUAAAGCUUGUAUUCCUGUG